GUUCUGCUAUAAAAGCCCCCUCCCCCAUCCCACCUCGCCUUACUCGCCGUCGCCGACCAAUUAUUCCGCGCCCACGCCACCAUAGUCUCAGGCUCCGGCCUCCUAGCGUCGGAAGGCUAGGGUUCCCGCACCGAGCCCGCUCCUCCCCUCACCCAUGGUGCUGUACUAUCGAUAUGGGUACGGGAGCCCACAUUUUUUGGAGGUCGCCCAGGGCUUCCACCCGCGCGGGAUCCCCUGGUCCGAGGCUAGAGGCGGAGCUGGCGUCGCCGUGAAGAAGGUCAAGCACUAUCUCGCGAAGAUGGACAAGGCGGUGAACUACGACGACUACUACGACGACGAACUCCGCUACACCCGCUUCAAGUCGCCCUUCGACCGCCGCCCCCUAGUUGGUCGCCGCACACGACACAGGAAGAAUGAGGGGAAGCGCACGCUCCGCCUCGUCGGGAGCAGCACCGCGGACUACAUGCGGCACUGUGAGGAGGACGAUGACUGGGAGGACGAGGAGUAGGAAGGCCGUAAGAACACCAACAGAUUGAGGAAUGGAGGAGUACGGUACAGUUCGUGGUGGUCAUCGUCUUGGGACGCUUGUUACCUAUCUGCAUAGUACCUUUCACGUUUAGCAAAUUUCUGCAAUGUGAGGAGAGGGUUGGCAUGUAAUAGUUUUCGCACUCUCCAUGCUCGUUUCAUUUUCCACGACAUAUAUGUCCUCGCAAUGUCAGAUUUUCCGCGAUUCCAGUGGACCUUCUGAACGGGAUUUCUAAAUUGUAGUAUUGCCGAGUCUUUUGAUCUUUUUGUUGGGAUUUAUCAUGUGAUGCUCUUACUGCAUGAUUUCA